UUUUAGUCACUGGAUGGCGCUGUUUAAUGUAUAAUUUUUAACAAGUUUCACUUCACUACGAAUCUAUCCUCCAUCUUAGUAGAAGCACCCACUUAUAUUUACUAAUUAUGUUUAUUUAAUAACUAACUCGUAUUCGAAAAAGCAAUCCGAAUUUUUUACUGAAUUAAUAAUGCCUCAAUUCAUUGAAAGGUAUUCCUGUGAAGACAACACAUAUAAAGUGAAGACAACACAAGUGAACAUGCACGAGACAAAGAACUUAAUGUAAGUCAUGGGUUUGGAUCAUUUCCAAGUAGAAAUUUAUAAUUUCCUUAGCAAGCCAGAUCCCAGAGUAGCGCAAUGGAUUGCUGAAGUGUGUUGGAUAUGUUUCCUUGUCAAGUUUCUGGAAUUCUUAGACACUGUAUUUUUUGUACUCAGAAAGAAGAACUCUCAUAUUAGUGUGCUCCACGUGUUUCAUCAUUCGUUAGUUCCUAUAACAGUAUGGAUUGGCAUUAAAUAUGGAGCAGGAGGAUACAACACAAUCUUUCCUUUGUUGAAUUCAUUUGUGCAUGUUUGGAUGUAUUUAUAUUAUGGGUUAGCCGCUUUCGGACCCUCACUUCAGAAGUAUUUAUGGUGGAAGAAAUACUUGACAAAGUUACAAAUGGUAAGUUGUAGUUUUUUUUAA